AUGGAAUCAACCUCAGGUUUCUCUCUUGUUUGUGUCUCCAACCAGGAAAACUCAGCCAAUACUCAUUUGUUUCUCCCGAAUACAGCGUCUAUCGUCUUCGCUCUAAGAAAACCAGAGCAAAUAAAAAUUAGAACAAGUUUGAACAUCUCAUUAUCACUCAUUUCGCCGAUGCUGAGACGCAGUCUCCUAAGGAGACUCAAUUGCAAAGCGAAUCGCUCUCGAGUCUUCUUAUCCCCAUUCUAUAUUAGCAAGUGCAACGACCAACUCUUUACACAACCUUUGCGGUAUUCUAUUGCCUCGGCAUCAAAGCCAUAUUCACAUCAGUCGUGGCAUACUCAAAACCCUGAAUUUGUAUCCGGACUACCAAUCAUAGAUGACACCAUCUAUGCUCUAUCAACGGCGCAGGGUCGGGCCGGUAUCGCGGUAAUUCGCAUUUCUGGCCCAUCAUGUCUUGAGAUUUAUGAGGCACUUUGCCCAUCAAAACCAUUACCAAAACCAAGAUAUGCAAAAGUACGGUCCUUAUAUGACCCGCAGCAUGCCAAUAAUGAGCAGAUAGUGCUGGACUCAGAAGCUCUUGUUCUUUACUUUCCUAGCCCAAAGACUGUAACUGGUGACGAUGUCUUGGAGUUGCACGUUCAUGGAGGAUCAGCCACUGUAAAAGCUGUGUUAGCAGCCAUUCCGAAAUGUUCCGCUACACAUCGUAUUCGAUACGCAGAGCCUGGCGAGUUUACGAAGCGCGCCUUUUUCAACGACCGCCUGGAUCUUGCUCAAAUUGAAUCCCUGAGUGACACCCUGGCAGCUGAAACGGAACAGCAACGUCGUGCAGCUGUGCGAGGCAAUUCAGGUGUUCUUGGACGACAAUACGAGACAUGGAGAGAGCAGCUCUUGUUGGCUCGUGGUGAGAUCGAAGCAUUGAUCGACUUUUCCGAAGACCAGCACUUUGACGAGUCCCAGGCUGAAUUGUUACAGAAUGUGACUGCGCAGGUUGCUAGGAUGCUACACAGCAUUGAGCUGCAUGAGCAGGGAAGUCAAAGGAGCGAGCUUUUGAGGAACGGAAUUCGUAUAGCGCUGUUAGGGCCACCCAAUGUUGGUAAGAGCUCGCUUAUGAACCUGAUCGUUGGGCGCGAGGCAUCUAUUGUGUCCGGCGAAGCAGGCACAACGCGAGAUAUCGUCGAGGCGAGCUUAGACAUUCGCGGCUAUUUAUGUUCAUUUGCAGAUACGGCAGGAUUUCGAUCCAAAGGUUCCCAGGUGAUCAACGGGGCUGAUAGUGGCGCAAUUGGGGCCGUGGAAGAAGAAGGUAUACGGCGAGCAAAGCAACGAGCUCUGGACUCUGACCUUGUUAUAGUCCUAGCAUCCGUGGAGGAUGGUCAGAAUGGACCAUUUGUGCAAUACGACCAAGAAACGCUCGAUCUCGCUGCAGGGGCGGAGGACUGUGUUGUUGUUGUCAAUAAGCAAGAUGCAGUUGGUAAAGAGGAAUUUGAGAAGCUGGUUCAAGAUUUCAGAAAAAUCGUUCGAAUUCGAGCCCCCAAGCUAGCGGCGGCGGAGUUCGUGUCCGUAUCGUGUAAGGAGGCUCAGGCAGGGACAUGGGAAAGCAAGGAUCCUGGCGGUAUCCAGGCUGUGAUCACCAAGCUCGUGGCAUCCUUUGAGAAGAUGACAUCCAUGCCUGUCGAUCUUCAGGACCUGCUAGGCGUUACAGAGCGUCAGCGCCAGCUCCUUAUCAAGUGUCGUCGACACUUGGAGGACUUCAUGAUGGAGGCUGCCCCUGAAGAGGGCUUGGAUGCUGAUGCCGUCCUCGCGGCCGAGUAUCUAAGGUAUGCUGCGAAUUGCCUUGCACGGAUCACAGGGCGGGAUGAGUUUGGAGAUGUUGAGGAUGUACUGGGUGUUAUCUUUGAAAAAUUCUGUGUGGGGAAAUAAGCGCGUGGCAAAGAAGACUAUAGCGAUGAGAGAUUGGUGGGAGAGUUGAAAUAUAUUUUCCAUCGAGGAAUAUUCUAUAGAGAGCAGCUGGUCUGAACAAUUGAAAGACUCAAUGUUGGGCCACCUGGGCCUGGUCUAGUCGGUUAUGGAAAGAGAAAGCGAAAAUAAAUUUGAGAUGAAGUGACAAGAAAAAUAAAGCAAAAGGAAAUAUAUCAUGCUGUAUGCUCGCUCCUAUGCCAUGCCAUGCCAUGCCAACGCUGUGUGAUGCUAUGCUUCCGUCUUUUCCAACUCCUGAUAUGCGAUGCCGUGUCUGCAACAUGUUCCUCCGAAUACCAAUGCUGAUGAUGAGAACAAAACAAAACUCCGUUCCAUGCAGAUGUUGUUGAAACUAGUGUCUAAACAGAAAACUCCGUUCCAUGCUUGCGCUGUCGCUGUGUAUGCUUUUGGGAAGUGACUCAAGAGUAACAAAGGAGUUUACUCCUCGUCAUUGUCGCUGGGACCAUUGUAGCCAGAGCGACCCUUGUUGCCCUUGGAGGAAUCAUCGUCUUCAGGGCCGUUAUAGCCAGAGCGACCAGAGUCUCCUUCCUCAGGCUCGUUGUAGCCAGAUCGACCACGGUUGUUUGUGGGCUUGGAGUCAGAGUCGUCACCGUCCUUGUUGUAGCCAGAUCGGCCGAAGGAUCGAGUGGUGGGAGCAAAUGUGAGAGUGAAAGCAGCCAUUGUAAAUGUUGUAGAGUUGAGUUGAGUUAAGUAUGACUUUUGAGUGAAGAUGGAAGUUGAGUUGAGUUGAGUUGAGUUGAAAGAGUUGAGUUGUUGUAUGUAAAUGUUGAGUUGUAGUGUAGUUGUAGAGUGUAGAUGAAACUGGUUGUUGAUGGUGAUGAGAAUUCUAAUUCAGAGCAGGAGGACAUGGACAGUUAUAUAGAAACUGAGUCAACUAUAGAACGAAGCCAAGGGUAACUAAGCACAUCGCAGAUAGGGAUCCUCGGUGGACGGUGGAAGCGGCUGACUCUGACUGACGCCUGUUCGUUCGUUUGUGUUGUCG